UUCAACACAUUCACAUCCACCCUGAAGCCUAUUGUGUUUAUUGUGCGUUGUUUACACUUUAGAGUUAUGUCCGUUUCCUUUAGGGAUGGGGGUGGGUAUUUCCGAAGAAACUAUUUCAGUAGUUGCACUUUCUUUCCUCGGGCAAGUGGGGUUGUUUUGUUCCUGAUCUCUGUCUUUCAUGAAGUGUUCAUGCUAGUGCAUGAACUACGAUUUGUUGAGGAACAUAUUUCCAUUUAUCGACGACUUUCGUGUAUGCGUUUAAUCUAAACCGAUUCGUAUUUUGGAGAUAGAAGGAAAAUUUUAGAAACAGUAACGAUCCCUCUAAAAACUUGGAAGUAUGGAGUGUGUCAAUGAUGAAGACUACCCCUGGCUCGAUUGGACAAACAGUCUUGACAAUAGGUGGCGCGGUUAUUUACCCCUGCAUUUUGGGAUAGGGAUAAUGGAUGUGGAUGCGAUAACAAAUCUGGUGAGUAGAGGGGCAGAUGUAAAUGAGCCUAGCACAAUCGGAAAUACGGCACUUCAUAUCUCUGUGAAGAGAGACUGUGCUUCGUCGAUAACCAAGUUUCUCAUAGCAAACAACGGUAAUAUCGAGAGCAAGAACAAGUACGGCUUGACACCCCUGCACGAAGCAGUUCGUUAUUUUAGCCUACCCAAUACCAGAAUUUUGCUUAGGCAUAACGCGAACGUAAAAGUGGAAGACGAGAUGGGCCAGACAGCACUAGAUUGGGCUGUCCACAACCUGAGGAGAGAGACGUUGGAAGAAGCCCCUCACCUUUUAGUCAUCGCCCGGAAGAUCAUUGAAGAGCUGUUGGACUGGGGGACUCCCCACUGCCCGCAAUUGUUGCUACGAGCGUACCCGUGGUACGAUAGUUACACUGUGGAACACGCUGUAACCAUCCUUUCAAAACACUCCUUGAAAAGGAAGUGUGCAAGAUUGCCUUAUCACAGUGAACUCUUGAUAGGUGAACGUGACCUACAACGUUACAAGUCAAAGUGUUUAAAUGAGUUGACAAGGCUUAAAUCCGUACGAGUGAAUUCACAUUCUCUGUAUUGUAUCUUCUCCACUUGUUGCACAGUAUAUCAUGUUGAAGAUGUAAAAAAAAUUGUGUGGUCUUCUAAUAUUUUAGUUGACUUUCCAAUUUACGGGUCGCUACUUCAGGCGACUUUUACCAAAAAUGAAAAGAGGGAAGAACUGUUGAGUUAUGGAGAGCAAAUACUAUCUGAUCUCUUUUUAAAAAUUGAGUUAUACAUGCCUAUUAUAGUUGUCGGGAAGAUUUUGGAUUGUAUAGAUAAUGAGGAUCUCCCGGCAACCGUCACAUCCCUUUGUAAAAUUAUGAACACCCCCCUGCCCAACCUCAAGUACAAUACAUAUACAGUAUAAGUAGGAAACUUAUACUGUACAUGUAUUGUACAGUAAAAUUAAAAACUUACUAAAUUUUUAAUAAAUUUUAUUGUGUCUAGCACAAUUAUGGUGCACUUUUACAUGAUAAAAUUCCUACGGUCCCAAUAAAUUUUUCCAAUUUAUUUUUAAGUAACCCCAAGAUAGUGACCACAUUCAAUUCAUAAAUUUAUUUGUCAAACAAUAUUGAAAAUUCAUUCUUUAACCUCACAAUUUUCUUAGGGGUUUUCCAUGUAUAUUUUUAGUCAGUUCAUGUAGGUUGGACUUACUGUGAUUCGUUUAUAUGGUAACCCUCCAUUUCCCCAUACGACUUCCAUUUAAAUUAAAAGGCUAGCUUAAAAUAUAAAUAGUGUAUUUAAUGUCACACGAAAUAACAUUUUCAGAUUUAUUUUGAUUAACUUUACAAUUGUUCUUUUCUUAAAAAAUAAAAUUUAUCUCUAAUUUGGCAGUAUCUUGAUAACACAUAAAAACUAAUGCUGGGACUCGAAUUGAAAGUGGUCACUAUCUUGGGGUUUCAUAAAAAUAAAUUGGAAAAAUUUGUUGGGACCUUAGGAAUUUUAUCUUAAUAUAAAUCCCGUAAAAGUGUACUAUAAUCUACUAGACAUAACAAAUAGACAUGGAAAGCCUCUAAGGCAAUUGUGAGGUUGAAGGAUACAUUUUCAAUAUUGUUUAACUUGGCUCUAUCUAGUUUUGUAAUUAAAUACUGAAAUUACAAAACUAGAUAGAGCACACUGUAAUACUGUAAUUACAAAUGUAUCAAACACUUAUUUACAAAAUAUUUUUGAACAAAUGUACAAAAUGCUUGUUGAAAAAAUAAGGUGUUAUACAGGGCAAUAUGAACCAAAUUAUUGUUUCAAAUAUUCAUUGAAUCAUAAUUUAGUAAAUAAUUUAUUCUUUAACUUUUAAUUCAAAAUUAUAGCAUUUAUUCAACUUUAUACGUAUUGUAAAAGAAAUCCUAUAUAGAAUUUUUAUAUUGUUUUUAACAUGAAAUUAAAAAUACUUGCAUCAAUCAUACCAAGACUGACUAGUUAGUAGUUAACGUAACAAUGUGUGAAUUGUUUUGUAAAUUAUAUUAUAGGGCUGUGAAAUAAUGUACAUGUGAUCAAUAUUUACUAAAAUGUACAAUAAAUCACAGCCCUAUGAUAUAAUUUACAAAACAAUUCACACAUUGUUACGUUAACUACUAACUAGUCAGUCUUGGUAUGAUUGAUGCAAAAAAACAAGAUAAACAUUCUAUAUGAUUAUCUUGUUUUUAACAUGAAACUUAAGACUGACUAGUUAGUUGUAAAUGUAACGACAUGUGAAUUAUUUUGUAAAUUAUAUCAUAGGGCUGUGAUUUAUUGUACAUUUUAGUAAAUAUUGAUCGCAUUUAUGUAUAUAUGUAUAUACUUUUAUACAACUGUUAUAUAUGAAAAAAUCUGUCUGAUCUGUUUUCUUGAUUUUUUUUUAGAUCAGAUAGAUUUACAGUGAUAAAACUGUUAGCUUGUAUUAUAAACCAAUGAUUUUUUAUUUAUGUUUUUAAAUCAAUAAAGUUUGUCUCUGUUGA